CUCUCACACAUAUACCAUCGGAUACUCGAAAAGCAAAUAAAGGGCAUCCAGAGCGCCGCUUGAGAACCAGCGAGCCUUUAUUUCCUUUCUUAUCUGCUCCGAAAGCAUAUUAGGCCCAGACCAUAACAAACCCUAAAUCCAUUGCAAAGAUGAAUAGGGAGAGACUUAUGAAGAUGGCUGGUGCAGUUCGCACUGGAGGGAAAGGCAGCAUGAGAAGGAAGAAGAAGGCUGUCCACAAGACUACAACUACAGAUGAUAAAAGGCUCCAGAGCACCCUGAAAAGAAUAGGAGUGAAUGCUAUUCCUGCAAUUGAGGAAGUUAACAUAUUUAAGGAUGACAUAGUUAUCCAGUUUUUGAACCCCAAAGUUCAAGCAUCAAUUGCUGCCAAUACAUGGGUUGUUAGUGGUGCUCCACAAACAAAGAAAUUGCAGGAUAUUCUUCCUCAAGUUCUUGGCCAUUUGGGGCCUGAUAAUUUGGACAAUCUGAAGAAGCUAGCUGAGCAGAUACAGAAGCAGGCACCUAAUGCAGGCUCUGCUGCAACUGCACCCCAAGAGGAUGAUGAAGAUGAGGUCCCAGAGCUUGUUGCUGGGGAGACUUUUGAAGCUGCUGCGGAGGAGGGUAAUGCUGCUCCUAAGGAAGAUAUAAAGUGAUUUUGUGCAAUUUUAUAUACUUCCUAUGUUCUUUCUAAGUUGUUUUUCCAAUUAUAGGUUCAUGCUUUAUCUGAUGUUUAGCGACAGAGAAUGGUUGUUUAAUGUUUUGAUCGAAUUUAUACUUUUAGAAAUCUGAUAUGUUGUCCUCAUUAUUUCACUUUAACUGGUGCUACUGGUCAUAAACUACCAUUUGUUAGCACCAUUUUGAUGGCUGUGUUCCUGAAGUUUUCUGUUCCUCCUAUCUUAUUAUGUCCAGCAUAUAACAUUGUUGGAUCUUGCUCUCA